CUGAAGUUUAGGCGUUUUCAGAGCUUGCAUUAUUUUAUAUUGGAGGUUUUCCCCAUAAUGUGGUGGAGCAGGAGUGCAAAGAUGGCAGAGGCCAGCAUGACUAACCACCCCCAAGUGUUUGUGGUGGACAGUCGAGCCACCUUCUUCUCCCCGCCCAGUGUAAGAAAAACAAGACGGUCACCAGGAGUUCACAGGUUUCUUCUGCUGGUGCUGGGACUGGUUGUGUUGGGACUUGUUGUCGAGGGAUAUUUUGUCUACAACCUUUACAUGAAAACGGAGGCAUUUUCCGUUUGUGUGUCUGAUCCUCUCUGUCGAAACUUGUCCAACUCUAAAAUAUCUGCCGAGCAGUUCGGUGCCUUUAAGGGUCACGUGAGAGCUGAUGGUUCCAAUGAGGUCAACCCAGUGCAGACUCUGCUGGGACAGAAGCCGUUUGCCCACCUAAUGUGUAGCAACAGUCCUAUCAAAGAGGAAAAUGUGGUGCAGUGGGUUGACAAAGAUGGCGAUGCCAUCACCUACCAGAUGGGCUACAGCAAUGGCCGCCUGUUGGUGAAGAAAGAAGGUUAUUACUACCUCUACUCCAAAGUGCAAGUAAACGCUGCAGAGGCGUGUUCUCUCAUCCAGCACAAGGUGAUGAAAGACACCGAGGCAUAUGACCACUCGAUAGAACUUAUGAAAUCAAAAAGGUCCCGCUGCUGGACCCCGAGACCUUCAAGUGUGAAGGCCUCAGGUGGGGAGGACCUAUGGGACAGUUUCCUGGCAGGGAUCUUCCACCUGCAGUUUGGAGAUAAAAUAUUUGUCACAGUGGAUAAUAUACAUAAGCUGCGUCCUGGACCAAGUGAAAACUUCAUGGGGGCCUUUAUGAUAUCGCCAUAGAAAAACAAUCACCCUUUUCCUCAUCAUCUCUGAUGAGCGUACAAAUGAAGAAGCAGCAAAUGAUUGUAAUCUCAUAAAAACAGUAUCUGACAUUC